AUGGACACCGAGGCAAAGAUCAGGCCUUUAGAGGAACUCGAUGUUGUUAAGGAGUUUCCUAAUGUUUUUUCGGAGGAUCUGACUCAGUUACCACCUGAUCAAGAAACAGAAUUUGCGAUUGACUUGGUUCCUGUAAAUGUGAUCAAGGAAAAGAUCAAAGUGGCCCAGUCCAGACAAAAGAGCUACGCCGACAAUCAAAGGAAGGACAUUAAAUUUGGAGUUGGUGAGAAAGUGUUUCUUCGAGUUUCUCCAGCAAAGGGACUACUGCGUUUCAACAAGAAGGGUAAACUCAGCCCGAGAUACAUCAGCCCUUAUGAAAUCCUAAAGAGGAUUGGACCAGUAGCGUAUCGAUUAGCCCUACUGCCAUCUUUAGAAGGUGUCCACGAUGUAUUCCACGUGUUGAUGCUAAGGAAGUACAUCAACAACCCAACAUAUGUACUCUCAGCCGAACCAGAGCAGCUGGAUGGUGGCACGACCUAUGAGGAACAGUCGAUGGAGAUAUUAGACAAAAAGAAAAAUAACCUCCGUAACCGCACAGUUGCAUUCGUAAAGGUUCGAUGGGGAAACUGCCAACCAGAGGAAGCUUCAUGGGAGCGUGAGGAGGAAAUGCAUACUAAAUAUCCUCAGCUUUUUGAGCCAUAA